AGGAAGCAGGAAGUUCGUCUACAAGAAAGAGGAGAGCCUGAGCACGUAAACAAUACACAAAGAACAGAACAAAGUUUGUCCCGUUUAUCGCAAUGGCCGGCAUUAAAGCUCUGGUUGGUUUGUCCUUUAGUGGUGCCAUCGGACUGACGUUCCUCCUGCUGGGCUGCGCACUGGAACAGUACGGGGUAUACUGGCCGCUGUUUGUCCUGAUCUUCUACGUGUUGAGCCCCAUCCCGACCUUCAUAUCCAGACGCCUCAGUGACGACAGCGAUUCCUCCAGCAAUGCGUGCAGAGAGCUGGCCUACUUCUUAACAACUGGCAUCGUGGUGUCAGCUUUUGGGCUCCCCAUUGUCCUCGCCCGCACAAGCACAAUCCAGUGGGGCGCCUGCGGUCUGGUGAUGACGGGAAACGCCGUCAUCUUCCUCACCAUUCUUGGCUUUUUCGUCGUGUUCGGAGGUGGGGACGAUUUCAGCUGGGAGCAGUGGUAGAGUGCCUUUGGAGAGCGGACGGACGGACAGAUGGAUGGAUGGGUGGGUGGGUGGGUGGGUGGGCAGGUGGAUGGUUGAACGAACAGACUGCAGACUGAGGGGCACAUGAGUCCUGCCCUCGGUGGGGGAUGAUGUGUAGGCCGCAAAAUGUCAAACUAGAAACGGCGUGUCACCAGGCCGAUUUUUAUAUCAGGGGGUGGUGGGAGACACUACGAUGUACUCUAAAAAUGUGCCUUAUGUCUGAAACAAGGGAAACGCUGCCGCCUAAACCUCUCUUGUGCACCACCGCUACCCAUCUUUACCCAUAUAUUUUAGCUUGUUGUGCCUUUGUUUAAACCCCCAGUUCACCCUGCUCAUUGCAGCUACCUGCUAUUUCAUUAGUUAAUCGAUAUCAUAAAGGGAUCCUAAGCGGUAACUCUAUUGUAAUGUACACUGCAAAGCUUGCUCCAUCUUCCGUGCUCGACGUUCAAAGGGGGAAGCGGCUGUACUGAUUUACAGCUUGCUAUGAGCACUGUUUGCUGUUUAUAGUGUAAAGUCAGGGCAAGUUAUCCUAAUCGACGCUUUUUGACAGCUAGUUACAGAACUCCUAAUCAGGUAAAGAUUAUCACGUUUGUAUGAUGUGUGUUGUUUGUUUUGGUUUUUGCCUUAAGACUUUAAAGCCUUACCUUCUGUUCCAAUGCAAAGUGUUUACAUUUUUCCACCAAAGAUCAUUUUUAGACUGCGAAAAAUGGAGCAUAUUCACCGUAGCAUCAUCCUCAAAAGCCGGCCGAGGCAUUCCACAGAGCUCCGGUGUGUGUGAGCGGUCCGGAGACGGUAGCCAUGCUCAUUUUAUAUUCAUGUGCACGACAACAAAACUUCAACAAAAGAUCUAGUAUCAUAAAUUCUAUUUUUUACAUGUUAAAUGUUAAAUACUGUACAUGUAUGCUUUUAAGUGCACUUUGCCCUAACGGAGGGCGUCUUCUCUUGCCUUAAACAAUGUGUGUUUUAAUCGACAGAGAAGUCACUGCUAUUGGGUUUUGACUCGUCGUGUUUCAUCAUCAGGGGCCGUUCAAAUCAGUACCUAUAAAUUAAAAACUACAUCCUCAUGUUCUAUGUCGCCAAUAACAAAGUAUUAAUAGCGUUCUGAAGUGAGACUGUCACAGAAAAGUCUGGUUAGUGUCGUGUAAUUUCUGAUUUCCUUUUGCACAACUGCUUUACCGAGUGAACUCGUGUUGAUGUGUGUAUGUAACUGACAUGUUCAAAAUCAUCUCCAGGAAGAAAGUUUUGUUCUUUCUAUCGUGACUCCCACACUUUGAAAACACUAAGGAGUGCUCGAGAGCUCUCUCGGAGGUUAUUUCAGAAGCUCCUGACUGCAUUUUGUUUUCUAACAUUGAUUAAAACUCUCUGUGUAGUGAA